AUGAGUGCUUUACUCUCGGAGUCUGAUUUGAACGAUUUCAUCAGUCCUGGGCUGGCAUGUAUCAAGCCUGCUGGAGAGGUACGGGCAUCGAGCAAUGGCGAUAAGAGCGAGUAUGAGAUCCAGAUUAACGGACAAGGUGAGGCAUUUGAGGUCUCAAUCGAUGAUGGUACCACACAAGAGUUGACACAGGCAAGCAUUUCAUUACAGGACUGUUUGGCGUGCAGUGGGUGCAUCACCUCUGCUGAAGAGGUGCUGUUGGCGAAGCAGACGCACAAAGUGCUGUUGGAAGAUUUGUCCAAGUUUGCCAAUUCCAAGGUCUUUGCAUUUAGCAUAUCGCACCAAUCAAGGUGCUCAUUGGCUUCCUUUUGGGGCUUGCCCACGUACAAAGUUGAUGAGUUGUUGAUAAACUUGAUGAGUGAGAAGUAUGGGUUCAAGUUUGCUGUGGGGACGGAACUUGGUAGGGUGAUGAGUAUCCAACGUACCAACGAGGAGCUUAUUCAAAGGAAGUUCUCUUCUUCAGAAAAGUCUGUCCAGCUGUCAAGCAUAUGCCCCGGGUUUGUACUGUACGUUGAGAAGACCAAACCUGAGAUCUUGCCCUACAUGCUCAACGUGAAGUCUCCUCAGCAGAUUACGGGCUUAACCUUGAAGACAUUAAUAUCACAACAGAUGAGUAUAUCACUAGAGGAAGUGUACCACCUUUCCAUUAUGCCAUGCUUUGACAAGAAGCUGGAAGCUGCAAGACCUGAAGAUGCCGUUGACGUUGACUGUGUGCUUACACCGAAAGAGAUUGCAGAGCUGAUCAAGGAGGAGGAAAUCAACAUUAAGGACUAUAUCACAACGAAGGAUGAGCCACCUAAUGAGCUUUAUACCCGAGCAGCACCUUAUCAUUGGCCAUCUCCUGUUGAAUCGUGGAGUUCAAACGUGGGUUCACCAUCUGGUGGGUACGCAGAGAACUAUAUCAUUGCUCUACAGAGGCAUUACAGGACCAAGGGCGUUGAAACAGAGAUACAGCACAUUUCUGGUAAGAACAGCGAUGUCUUGGAGUUUCGACUCGUUGAAACGUCCACCGGCGAGAAGCUAGGCUCGAGUUCCAUUGUGAAUGGGUUCAGAAACAUCCAGAACCUGGUUAGAAAGCUGAAACCUAGUGGUAAAGUAAAGAUUGGAUCAGGCUUAGCUGCUCGCCGUAGAGCUAGAAAGACUGCUAAUGCUGGCAGCGAUGCUAAGGACGAACCGGUAGCAGAUCCGAGUGUGGGUGAUUUUGUCGAAGUCAUGGCCUGUCCCGGUGGUUGUAUCAAUGGAGGAGGCAUCAACAACGGUGGUAACACUACGGAUAAUAAGAAGCUCAUCAACGAACUAACAGAGAUCUAUGAACAGUUACCCUUGAUUCAAGAGCUGAACACCACUUCCGAUAACGGCAUUGUAUCUGAGUUCUUGAACCAAUUGCAAAGGUCAUUUGAAAUCACAGACGAUAGAAUGUUCAAGUACAAGUUCAGUGCGAUUGAGAAGGCUACGGACAUCCUGAGCGUUGGUAGCAAAUGGUGA